CAGGUGAGGCUGGGACACCCACAGGACCCGUGCGCCCAGCAUGGCACAGCGGCACUCGGACAGCUCCUUGGAGGAGAAGCUUCUGGAAAGCCGCUUCCACUCGGAGCUGUGGCUUGAUGCCGAGGGAUGCCCGGCGUCCAGCCUCCCCGUGGUCCGGGGUGCCCUGCAGACCAGGGACAGCGGCAGCUCCCCACUCCAUUACCCGGCGGCCCCACCUCCAUCCCCCGAGGGCGAGGCCCCUUGGACUGUCGUCCUGAGCACCCAGAGCCCCGCGGCCCUCAAGAUGGGCACCCAGCAGCUGAUUCCCCGGAGCCUGGCUGUGUCCAGCAAGGCUAAGGCCCCUGCCCGCCACCAGAGCUUCGGGGCGGCAGUGCUCAGCAAGGAGGCUGCCCGGCGGGCCCCCCGACUGCACCCGGCCCCCAGCUUCUCCCUGGAUGACAUGGACGUGGACACCGGCCCUGGAGGGUUGCUGAGACGAAAUCUGCGGAACCAGUCCUACCGGGCGGCCAUGAAGAGCCUGGGGAGUCCAGGCAGCGAGGGGGGCCCCGUUCGGCUCACCCCCAAACUCCAGGCUCUGGCUGAGGAGCCCAGCCAGCCUCCUGCUCGGUGCCCAGCCAAAAAUAAGAAGACGCUGGGGCGGAAACGCGCACACAAGGGCUCCUUCAAGGACGACCCCCGGUUCUACCAGGAAAUCCGGGAGCGGGGCCUGAACACCAGCUUUGAGUCAGACGACGACUUGCUGGACGAGCCUUCCAGCCCCGACAGGACCCGGAGCGUGGGAGCCCCCAUUGUGGUCCAGAACUUCCGGCCCCCGCAGGUGACCUGGAGCCAGCUCCCGGAGGUGGUAGAGUCUGGCAUCCUGGACACGCUGCCAGCUGAGGAGCGCAAGAGGCAGGAGGCCAUCUUCGAGAUCCUCACGUCCGAGUUCUCGUACCAGCACAGCCUGGGCAUCCUGGUGGCCGAGUUCCUGCAGAGCUUGGAGCUGCGCACCACCAUGACGCCCAUGGAGCACCACCACCUCUUCUCCAACGUCCUGGACGUGCAGAGCGCCAGCCAGCGGUUCUUCGAGGACCUGGAGCGGCGGCACAAGGAGCAGGUGUGCGUGGAGGACAUCAGCGACCUGCUGCUGGAGCACGCGGAGCACCACUUCCAGCCCUACGUCGUGUACUGCGCCAACGAGCUGUACCAGCAGCGCGCCCUGCAGCAGCUGCAAAACAACAACGCCGCCUUCCGCGAGGCCCUGCGGGUGAUCGAGACGCGGCCGGCGUGCGGGGGCCUGCCCGUGCUCUCCUUCCUCAUCCUCCCCAUGCAGAGGGUGACCCGGCUGCCCCUGCUGACCGACACGCUCUGUGUCAAGAGCCAGGGCCACCCGCAGAGGUAUAGCGCCGCCUGCCGCGCCCUCAAGGCCAUCAGCAAGCUGGUGAAGAAGUGCAACGAGGGCGCCCAGCAGAUGCAGCGCACGGAGCAGAUGUACACGCUGCACACGCAGCUGGACUUCAGCAGGGUCAAGAGUCUCCCGCUCAUCUCCGCCUCCCGCUGGCUGCGGAAGCGCGGGGAGCUCUUGGUGGUGGAGGAGACCAGCCGCUUCCGGAAGCUGGCCGGCCGGCCCACCUGCUACCUCUUCCUCUUCAACGACUUCCUGGUGGUCACCAAGAAGAAGAGCGAGGACAGCUUCGUGGUCCAGGACUACGCCCAGGUGGACGCCAUCCAGGUGCAGAAGUUGGAGCCCUCAGAGUCCGCUGUGCUGGGGGGCGGCCACCGGGGCUCCUCCGUGCCGCACCCCUUCCAGGUGACGCUGCUGCACAACAGCGAGGGCCGCCAGGAGAAGAUCCUGCUGUCCUGCGACUCCGCGAGCGACCGGGCACGGUGGGUCACGGCCCUCACACACCAGCAGAGGCAGGGCCCCGCCAACAAGGAAGACCUGCCGCAGGUGGAGGUCACCAAGGCCUACUUGGCCAAGCAGGAGGACGAGAUCACGCUGCAGCAGGCCGACGUGGUGCUGGUCCUGGAGCAGGAGGACGGCUGGCUGCACGGCGAGCGGCUGCGGGACGGAGAGGCGGGCUGGUUCCCCGAGGACGUCGCCCGCUGGAUCACCAGCCGCCUGGCCCAGGAGGGCAACGUGCGCAGGAUGGAGCGGCUGCGGCUGGAGACCGACGUGUAG